CUCCAGGCUGAACACCCCCAGCUCCCUAAGCCGCUCCUCAGAAGACUAGUGCUCCAGACCCUUCACCAGCUCCCUUGCCCUUCUCUGGAUCCACUCCGGCACCUCAGUGUCCUUCCUGCAGUGAGGGGCCCAGAACUGGACACGGGACUCGAGGCGCGGCCUCGCCAGUGCCGAGUACAUGAGGAUGAUCACUGUCCUGGUGCUGCUGGCCGCACUGUUUCUGAUUCCCUGCCUCCCAGCGGGCCGGCACCGCUCCCCUGGCUCGGCCGAGCUGCGCUGUGAGGGACGGAGGGACGGAGGGACGGAGGGUGCGGGGCCCGCCCGGCGGCGGCGGCCUCCGCCCAGGAGGGGGCGCCCGUUCCGCCCCUCGCGCCCCCCGGCCCGUCCGCCCGCCCGUUCCGGCCCCGAGCGCCCAGAGAGCCCGGGCAGGCUCAGUGGGAUCCAUUGAUGCAAUUGGUAAACCUCAGUUGAGCUACUUUGCUCUCAGGUUCUUUUCCAUCAUCUUCCAUUACAUUUUUGGUCAAUUCCAGCCUCUCUGCAGAUCAGGAGCCUGAGGGUGGCCUCCCUGAUUCUCCUCGGACUUGCCUGUUGUCCUGGAAACCCAGAGGCUGCUGGCCCCUU